CCUUCCUUUCUCCCACCCCACGCCACAAACGAAGCCCAAAUCUUCUCAUCGAACCCCUCGCUCUCCACCGCUCUUCAGCGAUAAGAAAAAUCCACGAACCCCCGCUUCUGCUCCACAUCACAUUCCCCCUCCUCCUUACUUGGCUUCUCUCUCUCGCUCUCGCCUUUGCGAAGAGUUUACGAUCCAUGGCUUCCACCGCCGCCACCUCCUUCUCCCUCCUCCCGACCUCCUCCCGCAGGCGGUCGACGACGGCGGCGGCGCUACUCUCCGGCGCGGUAGCCCUCCGUUCGCCGAUUCGGCGGCUGGGUUUCGCCGGGGCCGCGGCCGACCCGCUUCUGGCGGCUCACGUGGCGGCGAAGAUCAGGUCCGUGGCCGGGAGGAGCGGGAAGGGGUCGCGCGGGGUGGCGUCCAUGGCCAAGAAGAGCGUGGGGGACCUCACCGCCGCCGACCUCAAGGGGAAGAAGGUAUUCGUCCGGGCGGAUCUGAACGUUCCCCUCGACGAGAACCGCAACAUCACCGACGACACCAGGAUCCGGGCGGCCGUGCCCACCAUCAAGCACUUGAUCAGCAAUGGGGCCAAAGUCAUCCUCUCCAGUCAUCUGGGACGCCCGAAGGGUGUCACACCAAAAUUCAGUUUGAACCCAAUUGUGCCUAGGCUUUCUGAACUACUUGGAAUCAAGGUUGAGAAAGCAGAUGAUUGUAUUGGACCAGAAGUUGAAAAAUUGGUUAAUGCACUACCUGAAGGUGGCGUUCUACUUCUUGAAAAUGUUAGAUUUUAUAAAGAGGAAGAGAAAAAUGAUCCUGAAUUCGCAAAGAAGCUUGCAGCACUAGCUGACCUUUAUGUGAAUGAUGCUUUUGGAACGGCCCAUAGAGCACAUGCAUCAACAGAGGGUGUCACCAAGUUCCUGAAGCCCUCCGUCGCUGGUUUUCUUUUGCAAAAGGAACUUGAUUAUCUUGUUGGUGCUGUUUCAACCCCCAAGAGACCAUUUGCAGCUAUUGUAGGUGGCUCAAAAGUAUCAUCUAAGAUUGGGGUGAUUGAAUCACUGUUGGAGAAGUGUGAUAUCCUUCUUCUCGGUGGCGGGAUGAUAUUCACAUUUUACAAAGCACAAGGUUUCUCAGUGGGUUCUUCUUUGGUAGAAGACGACAAACUUGAGCUUGCAUCAUCACUUCUUGCAAAAGCCAAAGCGAAGGGUGUGUCUCUUUUGUUACCAACUGAUGUCAUUAUUGCAGAUAAAUUUGCAGCUGAUGCAGAGAGCAAGGUUGUGCCAGCGUCUGAAAUCCCUGAUGGUUGGAUGGGGUUGGACAUUGGACCGGAUUCAGUUAAGACAUUUAGUGAUGCAUUGGAUACAACCAAGACCAUUAUUUGGAACGGUCCCAUGGGAGUUUUUGAGUUUGACAAGUUUGCUGUGGGAACUGAGUCAAUUGCAAAGAAGUUGGCAGAGCUCAGCGGGAAGGGGGUGACGACGAUCAUUGGAGGUGGAGACUCUGUUGCUGCAGUCGAGAAAGUUGGAGUUGCUGAUGUGAUGAGUCACAUAUCAACUGGUGGUGGAGCUAGCUUGGAGUUGUUGGAAGGCAAGGAGCUUCCAGGAGUUGUUGCUUUGGAUGAAGCAGUUGCUGUAGCUGUAUGAGACUAAACUUUGUUACCAGAGGUGCUGGCUUAUGUUUCCCAAUAAGAAUUGUCAAUGUGAUUAUCUCUUUCACCUCUAUUUCGCCCAAAAGAGGAUGGAUAGAGAUUUAAGAGUUUGCCGCUGUCGAGUUCCUGGGAUCGCUCAUAAUAAGUGCAUUCUACCCUGUUGUAGUUCAUUUUUGAUUCAUUGAGAUUGUCACAAAGUAUGGCAAAACGAAACGUUCUUGUUUAGAGUGGGUCAAAGAUGCGGUGUAGUUUAUUAUGCCUCCUGUAGCAAGUCAGCUUGGUGUGUGCCACGAUGGAUAAUGAGUAUGUAUGCCUAUUGCCCGAUUUUGCAA